AUGGACAUCGAUCACCUCGUUCCUUCCUCUGCCUCCUCUUCAACCUCCGCCUCAUCCACCCCGAAACCAUCCACCAGCAAAUUCAAGCUCGACCCCAUGUCUUUGCUCCUCCCACACGAGCGCGAGGCGUAUCAGCAGCAGCAAAAAGAGCAGCAGCGGGCAUUGAGGGAGCAGCAGAAGCAGCAGCAGCGCGCUCAGGAGCAACAGCAGCACAGGCAGCAGCAGGGUGGGGAAGGGGAGGGCGCUGGAUUCUACUCGGGCUCGGGACAUCAGGCGUGGGAGGCAAGUGUGCGGAAUACGAAUACUGGCCCGGCGGUGGGGAAGAGUACGCGGCAGACGAGCAGUAUGGGCGAUCAGAGCGGAAGACAGCGGUCUGAGACGCAACAACAUCAUUAUAUGCCACCUCCACCUCCUCCUGUGACAAUCAGCCAAAAUCUCCCCCUCUCCCCUCCUCCAUCCAUUGUCUCUACCCCACCGGCAUCAUGGGACGCCAUGUCGGUCUCGUCAUCCUCUGGCCAGCCGACCGAGCCAUCGUCCGUCACUGCUGCUCGGGAAUGGGCACGUCGACAACAGUCUCAUCAGCACUCGGGCGGGAAAGCGCGUCUGGAGGACUGGGAGAUUGUCGAAACUCUAGGCACAGGGACAUUCGGACGCGUCCUCCUCGUCCGUCAACGCCCAAACUACCGGCCGACAUCCUACCACCCCAUCUUCCCACACCUCUUUCAAUCCCUUGACCCCCUCUCCCCAUCCCCCUCCUCCACACAAGCGGCAGACGGUCAGCUCCCCCACUUCGCCAUGAAGGUGCUGAAAAAGUCCGAAAUCGUCCGCCUUAAGCAAGUGGAGCAUAUCAACUCGGAACGCGCCAUCCUCGAUCGCGUCCGUCAUCCGUUCGUCGUGGAGCUAUACGCGACAUAUCAGGACUCCCUGAACGUAUAUAUGCUCCUCUCCUACAUUCCCGGCGGAGAGCUCUUCUCGCACCUCCGUCGAGCCGGCCGGUUCUCGGCGGACGUCACUCGGUUCUACCUUGCCAGUAUCGUCCUAGCCAUCGAGUACCUGCACGGCAGCAAUAUCAUCUACCGGGACCUCAAACCCGAGAAUCUCCUCCUAGAUCGGCAGGGGUACCUCCGGAUCGCGGAUUUCGGGUUCGCCAAACUCAUCGAGGACCGGACGUACACUCUGUGCGGUACGCCCGAGUACCUCGCACCGGAAAUCAUCCAGUCGCAGGGGCACGGAAAAGCCGUGGACUGGUGGGCGCUCGGUAUCUUGGCAUUCGAGAUGCUAGCGGGGUACCCGCCAUUCUUUGAUGAUCAUACCCUGGGGAUAUACGAGAAGAUUCUCCGGAAUGAGAUUGCCUUCCCGAGCCAUAUUGAUCCGUAUGCGAAGGAUUUGAUCAGGGGGCUGUUGACGGCGGAUAGGAGUAAGCGGUUGGGAAAUCUGAGAGGUGGGGCGAAGGACGUGAUGGGGCAUGCGUGGUUUGCGGGUGUGGAUUGGGGGAGUUUGGAGCGGAAAGAGAUUGGCGCGCCGAUCGUACCGAGGGUCACGAGUACCGGCGACUCCCAAAAUUUCCAGCGAUAUCCCCCUCCAAGACCUCACGAGCUCCCCGGGAUAUUCGGGCAGCACUAUGAGCCGGAGAAUGAUCAGUAUGCGGCGGCAUUCACAGAGUUUGAGUUCCCGGGAGGAGGACGGGAUGGGAAUGAGGGGGAUUUAUAG